GGCAGUAGCUUAAAGAGGCGGUUAAGAUGCCGCUGUCGGUCGGCAGCUUCUCGAGCUCGUAUUUUUCUGCUUUAGUUUUGUGACUUUGGCAGCCUAAAUAGGAAAAAUAAUGAAACUGGACCUAAGUUUCAUCAGGAGUGGGAUUUACUGUACAAAGGACUGAAAAACAAAAUGGAGAGGACUUGUCAAAUUUUCGAUUUAACAGACCGACCCAACCCAUUGAUAAGGGAGGCGAUUAAAAGGCGGCUGGGUGAAAUUGAAAACAUGCCUAAUAUUGUCCGAUACAAAUUGAAUAAUCCGGCGGAACGUGUGCUGAAAGGAUCUUAUGGAGUUUUAAUGCGGCUUAUUGUUGAACGCGGAACUCAUUGCCGGCAGCCCAUAUUAAUGGCGUCACUGCACACUCCUUAUGACGACAAUCAAUUUAACUUUACAAAAGUCCAACCCGAGGAGAGGCUCAUGGACCUACGACUUAAGGACAUCGAAGUGGCGAUUAUCGCCAACGUGAGCCCUUACACAAAAUUCCAUUGCUUGAUAAUCCCGGGAUUGCAUGACCGCCAGCCGCAAGUGCUGACGCUUAAUGCCAUCAUGUUUUCAAUCCGUUUUUUGAAAUCUUUGGAUAGUUAUGAGCACAAGAUAGGCUACAACAGCUCUGGUGGAUCGGGAUCAGUAAAUCACUUGCACUUACACCUAAUUCAUCUGGAGUACGAGAUUUUUGCGCAACGAGCCGAACUCACCAAAAUCCGUUCAGGCAUUUAUUGUUUCAAUCAGGAAUAUGAGAUCAAAGCCUUCUGCUUCUUACUGCGCAGAUUAUCGGAUGACGAGCAUGAGAGCGAAGUAGCCGAAAAGGUUUACAAACUAGUUCGUUACAUGAUCGACAAUGGAAUUCCGCACAACCUCUUUUUUACACUGGCCAAACACAAAGAGGAAAGAGUAAUGCGAAUCAUUGUCUACCCGAGAGAUAAAAUGUGCGCCUUGAAGAGUACAACUGAUUUGAACAUUGCUUUCUGCGAGCUUAGUGGGUUUCUUCCAUUGUCAAAUGAGAAACAUUUUACGCAACUAACUGAAGCUGAGUUACUGGAAGCUAUUAAAGAUCAACAAUGUGAUGCCUUUGAUCGACUCCUUGUGAAAGUAAAGGACUCAGCAUUUUAUCCCCAUACAAGACCUCGAUUAUCAACUGUUGCGAAUAUGCGAGAUGAUUAUUAGUCAAGAAAUAUGUACAACAUCCACAGCAUUCCUUUUCACCUUGAAUAAACAGUUGAAAUUUUUAAA